GAAAGGGGCGGAGUCUGGUAGCACGUGACGAAUGUUGGGUUUCUCGGGCCCUCCCGUCACAUGAUCUGGACCGGUCGCGGCAGCGUCCCGCACCCUCUCAGCCUCCUGCUCCGCGCGCUGCCGGGGUGGCCGCGUCCAGGUGCCUCGCGGGGGGUUCGGGGCAGCAGCGACCCUGCCCCCCGCCGCGGGCCGGGGCUCGGCCGGGCAGGACGCUCCUCGCUCAUCUCCAGAAAUGUCAACUUACUUAUAGGAAUUAUAUGAAACCCAACAUAGUCAUGGUGGAUGUAGGAAAGUGGCCAAUAUUUACCUUGCUUUCACCUCAAGAAAUAGCAUCUAUUCGGAAAGCAUGUGUAUUUGGCACAUCGGCCAAUGAAGCUAUAUACAUAACCCAUAAUGAUGAGGUGUUUGUGUUUGGACUAAACUGUAGUAAUUGUUUGGGGACUGGAGAUAAUCAAAGCACAAUAGUACCAAAGAAAUUAGAAGCCUUAUGUGGAAAGAAGAUUAACAAUCUCAGUUAUGGAAGUGGACCACAUGUUAUACUUAGCACUGAAGAUGGUGAAGUUUAUGCUUGGGGACAUAAUGGAUACAGCCAGCUUGGGAAUGGAACAACCAAUCAGGGCAUUACUCCAGUUCAAGUCUGUACCAACCUGCUAAUUAAGAGGGUGAUUGAAGUAGCUUGUGGCUCUCAUCAUUCUAUGGCCCUAUCAUCUGAUGGAGACGUAUAUGCAUGGGGCUAUAACAACUGUGGUCAGGUUGGAUCUGGAUCUACAGCAAAUCAGCCAACUCCUCGCAAAGUCUCAAAUUGUUUACAGACUAAAAUGGUGGUCAGUAUUGCUUGUGGUCAGACCUCCUCUAUGGCUGUAAUAGACAAUGGUGAGGUAUAUGGCUGGGGUUACAAUGGUAAUGGUCAGCUAGGUCUGGGAAACAAUGGUAAUCAACUCACACCUUGUAGAGUGGCAGCGUUACAUGGUGUAUGUGUACUUCAGAUUACCUGUGGCUAUGCGCACACACUAGCACUAACAGAUGAGGGUUUGCUCUAUUCCUGGGGAGCUAACACUUAUGGGCAGCUGGGAACUGGCAAUAAAAGUAACCAGCUAAGCCCAGCGCAGAUCAUGAUGGAAAAGGAAAGGGUGGUAGAGAUUGCAGCCUGCCACUCUUCUCACACUUCUGCUGCCAAGACCCAAGGUGGCCAGGUGUAUAUGUGGGGCCAGUGCCGUGGCCAGUCUGUUGUUCUUCCUCACCUCACUCAUUUCACUUGCACUGAUGAUGUGUUUGCUUGCUUUUCUACUCCUGCUGUGAUGUGGCGCCUCCUCUCAGUAGAGCAUGAAGACUCCUUAACAGUAGCUGAGUCUUUGAAGAAAGAGUUUGACAGUCCAGAAACCUCAGACCUAAAAUUCCGUGUAGAUGGAAAAUACAUCCAUGUUCAUAAAGCUGUUCUAAAAAUCAGAUGUGAACACUUCAGAACCAUGUUCCAGUCAUAUUGGAAUGAGGACAUGAAGGAGGUGAUAGAAAUAGACCAAUUUUCUUACCCAGUGUAUCGUGCCUUUCUUGAAUACCUAUAUACAGACAGCGUUGAUCUUCCACCUGAAGAUGCUAUAGGACUUCUGGAUUUGGCUACAUCUUAUUGUGAAAACAGAUUGAAAAAACUGUGUCAACACAUUAUCAAGAGAGGAAUUACUGUGGAAAAUGCAUUUUCAUUGCUCUCUGCUGCAGUGAGAUAUGAUGCAGAGGAUUUAGAAGAAUUCUGCUUUAAGUUUUGUGUCAAUCAUUUGACGGAAGUGACACAGACUGCAGCGUUUUGGCAAAUGGAUGGCCCCCUGCUAAAGGAAUUCAUUGCUAAAGCCAGUAAAUGUGGAGCCUUUAAGAACUGAAACACAUGGCUGUAAGUUUUGGAUGACGUUGUACCAGUCAUAGCUGGUUUGCUGUAUUCAUGAAUAACAGGCUUGUGUAACCCUGCAGGUGAAGAAAAA